UGUGGACCACAAAAAGGAUAGUCGUUCGUUCAAUGCUGCCACCUGAUACGAAUAAACAGAACAAAGAGGCGCCAUACAAUUUGCAUUUUCUUCCAAAAAGGUACUACUGCUCAGAAUUCAAAACCCUAGCUAGCUUUAUUCUGACGCAAUAUCCAUGGCGGCGUCUCUAGCGCUGCCAUCUCCGGCGUCAUGCUCCACCUCUUCUUCUUCCUCACUGUCAUCUCGGCGCACUUUCAACCGCCGUUUCCUUUACAAGGACUGCCGUGUUCCGGCAUCUUCUAACGCUAUCAGGUGCGAGAUUAGUAGAUCGUUGAAUGGAAAUCCAAGGGUACCAAUUAUUAACGAAGGGAUGCUGCCCACCUUCAUUCAAGCUGGCCGCCUGAAUCAUACCGUUAUGAAUGGAAAGCUUAAAAUAUUUUCUGGCACUGCAAAUUCAGCCCUUUCUCAGGAAAUAGCAAGGUACAUGGGCCUUGAUCUUGGAUUGAUUGAGAUCAAGCGGUUUGCAGACGGUGAAAUAUAUGUUCAGCUGCAAGAGAGUGUGCGGGGGUGUGAUGUGUUUCUGGUACAGCCUACCAGCCCCCCUGCAAAUGAAAAUCUCAUGGAACUUCUUGUAACAAUUGAUGCUUGUCGAAGAGCAUCAGCCAAGAACAUCACAGCAGUCAUUCCUUACUUCGGAUAUGCUAGAGCAGAUAGAAAGACUCAAGGGCGUGAAUCCAUUGCUGCCAAACUAGUAGCAAACCUCAUUACAGAAGCAGGUGCAGAUCGUGUUCUUGCUUGUGAUCUUCAUUCUGGGCAGUCAAUGGGUUACUUUGAUAUUCCAGUGGACCACGUGUACUGUCAGCCUGUUAUUCUUGAUUAUCUUGCUAGCAAGACAAUUUGCUCCAGUGAUUUGGUAGUGGUAUCACCUGAUGUUGGUGGAGUUGCUAGAGCACGUGCUUUUGCCAAAAAGUUAUCUGAUGCCCCUUUGGCAAUUGUUGACAAAAGGCGCCAUGGACACAAUGUGGCUGAGGUAAUGAAUCUGAUUGGUGAUGUCAAAGGAAAAGUUGCUGUAAUGUUGGAUGAUAUGAUCGAUACUGCUGGAACUAUAUCAAAAGGUGCAGCUUUGUUACAUGAAGAGGGAGCAAGGGAAGUCUAUGCGUGUUGCACUCAUGGCGUAUUUAGCCCCCCUGCAAUUGAAAGGUUGUCAAGCGGUCUUUUCCAAGAAGUGAUUGUUACAAACACAAUUCCUUUAAAGGAACAACACUAUUUUCCGCAGCUGACUGUUCUUUCAGUAGCAAAUCUUUUGGGUGAGACCAUUUGGCGUGUUCAUGAUGACAGCUCUGUAAGUAGCAUAUUCACAUGAACUUUAUGAAAGCAAAGAGUCACAACCAAAAUUGCAAUUGGACCUCAUUUUUCUUAUUACUAUAGAUAGCUCUAUCAAUAACUUGUUCUGUAAUGUUGUUGCUUACUUCUAAACUGACUGAGUUGGUCAUUUUGGCUAUCAUAUCUCAUUGGACUGCUCAUUCUUUUAAA